CAACCUCAAACACCACACUUUUCCACCUUGCGCGCUCGCAACUCAGUCGCUCUUUUACCAAUAGACCCAAAAGAUACCCGCGAUUCUCCAGUACAAGAAACAGCACCUGCGCAACACGCAAAUCACAUCCGUCACCAUGUCGGACCUUACACACUUUGAUCUCCUCCCUCUUCAGAUGGACCCUCAAUCCAAGUCCAUCUCGUCACUCAACCCAUCCCGCGCCCUCGCCGCCGAACUCGAGACCCUCAACGCCCUGCACCGAUCUCUGCUCAACAUCGAGACACCAUCAGGAGCUCCCCCCCCUCCGAUCCCCGUCAACCCAAAGCGCACAGCCAACGUGACCAAGCUCCGCGACUCGGGCAACGCAGAGUACCGCAAGGGCAAGUACACCGACGCCAUCAAGUUUUACACCCUGGGUCUGCAGAUGGCCAUGACAAGGCCCAUGUGGGAGCCCGCGGCUCUGGUGCGAGAGGAGGUCAGCUCGCUGCUGGCAAACAGGGCGCAGGCGCACAUGGCGCUGCAGAACUGGGCUGAGGGUGCUGUGGACGCACACGCGAGCGUCGAGGCGAGGUGGGUUGGAAACGCUAAGGCUUGGUGGAGGAGAGGAAGGUGUCUGAGUGAGAUGGGAAGGCUGGAGGAGGCGAGGGAUUGGGUCAAGAGGGGUCUCGAGGUUGAGGGUGAGGAGGCUGAGCUUGUGCAGUUGCUCAAGGACGUCGAAGGCAAGAUUGAGAAGGACCAGGCAUGAUUUGGAAAGUCUAUGAUUUCGGGGCUGAAUAUGUGCUCUGAGAUGGAGAUGGCUUCGGCAGUGGUUCACCUGAGACAUGGGAUGGCCGUGACCACCUGCAGGUACAGAGCCUUAGAGAGGACGAGAUACUAGUCGAAGAUGUCUCAGCCUGGAUAUGCCACAUCACGGCAUGACGGAAUGCGGGUUUUAUGUUGAGGGUAAUGGGUUUGUUGUUUCUGCCGUGUUUUUUAUAGGGAGUUUAUGCUUGCCAAAAUGCUUUGUGUCAAUGCGAAAGAAUACCUAUUUCUUG